AUGGCAGGACAGCGCGUAGUUGGAGGUAUCAGUCGUUCAAAAAGGGCAGAGGUAACUUCGUCAUUCUCUUCCUCUUCUUCAACUUCCUCUUCGGAAAUUUCCGACAAACCCGUGAUUGCCAAAUGGCGUCGAGCAUGCAGUUUCUAUCUACGUGGCCAUUGUAAAAAGGAAGAUUGUGAGUUUGCCCAUGAUCUCACCAAGGUGACGUGUAAAUUCUGGGAGGUUGGCGAGUGUUUCAAAGGUCCAACAUGUCCUUUCCUUCAUGGGUACCCUCCUGAAUUACUUUUAGAAGUCCAACAAAGACAGCAGCAACAAGAACAACACGCACAACAAGUCGAACAAUUGGCUGCAAAUUGA